AUGGGGUUUGCAGAAAAUGAAGAAGACGAAUUUCGACAAUUGCACAACCAAUAUAUAUACCCUGAAUCUUCAAAUGGUUCUGCAGCAAGUCUUACUGAUACCUUGACCGAUUCCAAACCACAAGGCAAGCAUACUUGGUCCAAUGCCGAGCUCCUGGAACAAAAAAUCAACAACCGUGCCCUGGGCAUUGGCCGCCAGUCAUACCCUUAUUUGACAUGGUUUUUAUCUUUCGGCAUGGUAGCCGUCUUUAUCGCCGAGUUAAUCUUGGCCAAAGAACGGACAGGGCAAGCAAUCCAAACUAAACCCAACGUACAACCAAUGAUUGGACCUGCUCCUGAAUUUAUGAUAUCUUUCGGUGCGCGCUUUGUACCAUGCAUGCGUUCUAUGCCUGGCUUGCCCACGACCAAUAUGAUUCCAUGCUUGAAGUAUACCACAACCUCUCAAACAACGUUUACCAAAGAUGAGCUAUGUACUCUAUCCGACAUUUGUGGUUUAAGCAACCCGCAAUCGCCAGACCAGAGUUAUCGCUUCGUGUCUGCUAUUUUCGUUCACGCAGGCAUUGUCCAUGUUCUUUUCAACUUGGUCGUCAUGCUGACACUAUGCUCUCAAAUUGAAAAGCUAAUUGGUUCUAUUCCAUAUGCCAUCGUCUUUGUGGCUGGUGGCAUUGGUGGCAAUCUUUUAGGUGGGAACUUUGGACUUAUUGGACAACCUGCUCUAGGUGCAUCUGGGUCUGUGUAUACAUGCAUCAGUUUUGAAAUCGUGGAUUUGAUAUACAAUUGGCGAUAUGAAAUGAACGUCAAAACUCGUGUCACUAUGUCUAUUAUCUUCGCUAUUAUUGGCCUUGCAUUAGGUUUAUUACCGGGUUUGGACAACUUAUCGCACAUUGGAGGUUUCUGUGUUGGUAUACUGGGAGGCAUGGUAUUUGCACCCUCGAUUCACCAUUCGAAACGCCAUCUUAUGGUCAACUGGGUGUACCGUAUUAUUGGCGUUGGGCUUUUGGUCGCUUAUUUCUUAGCGCUGGCCCUCAAUUUCUACCGGAGUGACAAUCCCGCUGAUGCAUGCCAAUGGUGUAGGUACCUCUCCUGUCUGCCUAUGUUCGAUGCAUGUAAAGGGGUCGGAAUCUCUACAACUACAUCUGAUGGAACAACUGCCACAUAA